AUGUUAACGAAGCCGUCAAGUGGACGGAGAUGGGCAGGAUCCGUGGUCGUCCUGUGCUCCUGCAGGCUUGCAGAAGGGCAGUCGCCAGGCGGAUCCCUUCCCGCAGAGUGUCUGGAGUUCGCCACAUGCUCGCGUGCGCAGGGCGCAGAUUGGCAAGGCUUCAGCCACUUUGUGCGCCAGGCAGCAGAGCUCGAGCAGUCCAUGCAGCACCAGGCGGCUAUGGAGAUCUACCACUCGCUGAUGGAAAGUCACGCCUUGGAUGCCGGCAUCGCUCUGCAAUGCCGCAUGGGUGCUGCCACUGUUUUCUACAGACAGGGACGGCUCUACCUCCAUCUAGGCUAUCCCCAACGGGCUUCCAACUUGUUCCAACUUGCGAUGAGCAUGUUCUGGGACGCUUCUCGGGCCGAGAACGGAAUGGCCUGCCUUCAGUACGAGAUGUGGGGCAUCAGGUGGUUCGACGAUUUCAUGGAGACCUACUUGAGAAAUGCCGCGAAUCUCCGGCGAAACGAUUUGAGGAUGCUGCCGCACUUGUCAGACCUCCAGGUGCCUCCGAACUAUCGUGACCCCUCCCUUCGCAUCGCGGUCUUUUCCUUGUGCGACUACGCGCCGGAGUCCCCGAUGCAUUGGCUGCUUGGUCGCUCGCGGCAGAACCGGGAAGCCUAUUGCUCAAAGCACGGAUACGGCCUGGAGUGGACCUCGCAGAGACCAGCGUCUUCGAAGGGCCGGCACCCGGUCUGGGGGCAGAUCGCUGGGCCUUUGGAACUGUUGGGUGACGGCAGGUACGACUGGGUCCUGUCCAUGGACUGCGACUCCCUCUUCACGGACAUGACUGUCACCGUGGACUCUUUGCUCUACCGUUUUGCCUCGCGAGCGACUCCAUGGGGCAAGUUGGAAAUCGACCCCUCUGUGCACUUCCUCAUCUCCGAGGACGGCCGUGGCUUGGCUGGCGGGAACUGGAUUGUCCGAAACUCGCGCGAAGGGCGAGCCUUCCUAAGCGAGAUCUUUGGGCCCGACGAUGAGAGCCAGAACCCAUACAUGAGGCACGACCUGCGCGAUCAGUUUUCCCUACUUUGGCACCUGGUGCGCCCUGGUGUUUCGGUGCCCAUGCCGCUGGAAGACGCCGUGCCCAUGCCCCCUGCGGCUCCCAAGAGCUGGGCUGCCAUCGGCUACCGGGAGCUGGCUCGGCUGGUUCCACAGGAUCUGCUUCUGGGCUCCUACCCCUACGUGAGCUGCUCCCAGCCUGGCGAUCAGGCACAUCGCUGCUUCGGUGAAGGUCCCAAAGACAAGGACUUCAUCGUCUCCGUGCCGCUGUUGGGCGCGCUGCCCGCUCAGCUGGCACAAGUGCUUCUGGACCGUUUCCUCUUGGAGAGCUUGGGAUCUUUCGGACAGCCGGCAUACGAGCAGGAGCUGCGUGGCAUGUGCGCUUCCGUCGAUGUCUCGCGCUGCUUGGCCCGUGACCAAGAGGUUCUGGCCGGGUCACGAAGUCUAAGCCGAGCUUGUGUCGUUUGCAAGUCUCUUGCAGCUUGCAGUGAGCCAGUAAGCUUGCAGAACCUUCCCUGUUCUUGGGCUCCACCUCCACCAGCGCGGAGUGAGUGUGACGGGGCCGCGAUGAUGUACGCAAAGCGUCCGGCCUUCACGUUAACGAAUGGCAGAAGCCGCAAGGGAAAGGAGGGUUACAAGGAGGGCAAAGACAAAGCGACCAAGCUAGAGAAGGAGAUCAAACCACAGGUGAGAAGCAAGUCUCUCGCGGAGCUACUUGAGGCAGAAGAGAACGGCCAGGGCAACAAGCUGGAAGAGGCGUUGCUGGCGGUUUUCCGACUCAUUGAUGCUGACAGCGGUGGCUCCAUCUCGAAGCUUGAGUUCAUUGGAGCUGUAUACAGGCAUGCUUUGGUUGCCUCCUUCGUUUUGCAGGGUCAUGGCUUGUCCCCUGAACUGCAGAACGACCCUAGUGGUCAAGUGGCCAUCAACGAGCAGAGCUUUGAUGCCGUCGACGAUGUCUUCGACAGCAUGUCUGGGGGAAGUGCUCGGGUCAAAUACCCCGAGUUUGCAGCCUACUUCCGCCGAUUAGCAAAUGUCUGUCUAGCGGCACAGACAGAGGAGAAAGGCAUGAAAGAGGUCUUUGGCUCGCUUGAUGCUGAUGCCAACGGCUCUUUUUCAAAGCUCGACAUGGUAGCAGCGAUGCAGAGCAGCACGCGCGUGGCCUCCUACUUGCUCCCGGGUCUUGAUGCCCGAAAGGUCUUGGAGGAUGAGCGCAGCUACGAUGCAGUUUGCUCACUCUUCGAUCACAUGGCUGCUGGAAGGCCAUGUGUGCAAUGGCAGGAUUUCAAGACGUUCUGCCUGCACACGCGCUUCCAGAAGGCUUGGGAUUCCAGCCCUUCGACUACGUGCUCCAGCCCGCUGAGCCCUUCCAGCCCGGAAUCCUCGGACGAGAGAUCCAGCUCAAAAGUCCUUAUCAUAGCACCCGGCUUCGGAAGGGAGCGACAUCCCCAACAAGCUGCCCUGCUGGCGAACGCUGGCUUUCAGAUGCACUGGUGCAGAGACCUGCCCGAGUAUGCAGACGAAGGUGCCAGGCUCAGCUACCAUGCUGUGGCCCCCUACUUGAACAAAAUCCGGGAUGAGAUAGUGAAUGUACAGCCCCGUGUGGUGAUAGCAGCGUCGCAGGGCGGAGCAUAUCUGGUUGGCUUGUGGCAACUCGGCUACUGGAACGGUCCCUCCGUGAUGCUGAAUGCGCAUCCCAGCCUGCCGAUGCGGCUGCCGGCGGCGGCAUCCAUCGUUUUAGCACACGGAUCCAACGAUGAGGCCUAUUUGUGGAACCGGGGUGAUCUCGAGGAGCUGAUGACGACGGGGCCGGCGAACCGGUGCCUUUUGUACUACACGGCGAACAGUGGCUACUUGGCUUCCGGGUCCCUGACCCGACUGGGGGAUCGGCAUGUGAUGGGUUCCAUCCUACAGAACAAUACCCUCCCGAGACUCGUCGAUGCGGCUUUGAGUUUCAUGGGCCCCGAGCUUCAUUUGAUCGAGAGUUGGAGGAACCAGCUUUCCGAGAGCCGCCUCGAGGCCCAGCAUUGGCUCGGCUACUCCCUGGAGCGGCUACGCCGCUUGUGGGCUUCGCCCGGGCGCUUGGGAAGGGAAACCUCCGCGCUCUUCCCGGUCUCUCCGAAGUCCGAGGAGUUUCGGAGAGUCCAAGCCAUCUUCCGGGCUGCACCUGUGGAGCCUCCGGCCUACAUGCUCUCCUCGCAAGCAAGCUGGGAGCGUCUUCCCAUCCACAGGAUAGAAAGGGUGGAGAACGGAGGACAGAUGGAGUGCAGCACCAUCCCUUAUAGGGACGGUUUGAGGAGCUCCUUGCGCGAGCAGGGGGUAGACUUCGAUCCUUCCAUCCAUGCUUGUUGGGCUUUUCAUGGUGCCGACCAAGAGUCGCUCCUGUCGAUCAUCAGAGAUCCAGUCUCCGGCUUUCAGCCCUUGAUUUCCGGGAGCCGCAACUCCCCGGUCUGGGGCUCCGGCACCUACUUCGCCAGGGACGCCAAGUACGUGGCAGACGGACAGUUCUGCCCGCGACAAAGGGAUGGCUCCAGAUGUAUGCUGCUUUGCCUGGUGAUGCUCGGCAUGCCGUGCCUCGGGGAUCCGAACCAGAAGGGCGUGCUCCCCUUCCGGCAGAAGCCUCAUCGGUACAACUCGGCGGUGGACUCCCUUUCGAGCCCAGAGGUCUACGUCACACAGAUGGUGGGUGCCGCCCAUCCGGCCUAUCUCAUCACCUUCGCAUGA